CUCCCGUGGAUCACCCUGUACCUUUGUAUCUUUUAUCUCUAUCAAAGUGCCAAGGGAUCGAUGGAAAAAGUGACUGUCGAAUAUUCAGCUUGUCAAUGCCUAUGACGUUCGAUGUAUAACCAACCUUAUUCAUACAAAUCUGACAUAUUUCAAACUAAAAGCUUGAAUAUUUAGAGGGGUCCUGCCUAAAUCCUCAAAAAAAGAGAACAGUAUGAUCGGACCGGAAACCAAGGAAAUUCUAGAAGAAUCCCAAAGCUCGAUUACGGUGCAAGACAAGGAUAAAACGCCAAAAUCGACGCCAUCUUCGAGCUCGACGUCUUCAUCGACAGAUGCCAAGACCUUGGAGGACCAAAUCGAGAACCUCAAAGCCGUUGUGGCCAAUUUGAGAGAUGACGUGGAGAAGAAAGAGAAGGGCAUAGCCAAGUUGGCGAGAGAGAAAGAGAAGAUCUCGUUGGAUCUGAUGAAGCAGAAGAGAUCAAACACCAACGUUCUGAAGCAGCUCGAAGAAGAACGUAAGUUUUACUUUCAGGAAAAGGAGAUGUACUGCAACGAGAUGAGGGAGAUGAAGGAACUGAAGAAGAGCAUGAGCAAAUCUCACACCUCACUCGUCGAGAGGCCAAGUCAAGAGCUCAAAAACGAACUGGAAAACACGAAACUUAAACUGAAGCAAACCCUAGAGGCCAACUACAAUCUGAGCAUCAAAUUCCUGAGAAUAAAGAACACCAAGGCGUUUCUAAAGAAUGAGAUGAUCAAAAUGAAAAUUGAACAUGAGAAAAUCUUCAACGAUCUCAAAGCCAAAAUAGAGACUAUGUCAUCAGAAGUAGAAGAUAUCGUGGAUCACAGAUCUCAUCUCUACACAUCCCCCAGUAACAGGAAAUAUGUCCAGCUCGUCAGACAGAACAGCUCGUUGGUCCACGAAAAUCUCUGUCUGCAAAUGGAAGUAGACCGUCUCAACUCCCAGUUCGACAAGAUCAAACUGAAAUACACGAAGAGCGAAACCAACAACCGGCUAAAGUACAUCCACUCCCUGAAAGAGGAAGCAUGCUCCAAGCAUGAGAAGAAAGAAAAGAAGAGGGUACGAAUUUCCACCGAGGACAAAGCUGUUAUGGUGGAUGAGAAGCCGAGUAAGCACUUGAAGUCGAACCUCAAAACCACGAAGUGUCAGUCCGAAAUAAUAAAAAUAUUCGAGCGAUGCGAGUCGGCAGACACGCCGACCAUAGAAAUAAUGAGUGAAGAAAACUUGAAGAAGCAUCACCAUAAAAAACACAAGAAGAGUUGCAAGAAGCAUCCUUCCCGUAUUAAAAUGGAGGAUGUGCCCUCCAAAGUGGAGCAUAAGAAGGCGGAAUUGCCUUCUCACAAGCCGUGUGUUGUAAAAUUAGCUUCUAUAGCAGAAAUAGACGAAUCGGAAGGUGGUCCCAAUAAAAAUUCUAGAUGAGAAGGCGGUCUUCAUGUAUAUUAGGAAGGGAAAAAGUUCCAAGAAUACUCUAUUGUAAUAUUCGUAAUUAAACGUGAUGACAGGUUACUUAGGUAUACAGUAUAAAUUCUGAUAAUAAAUAAACUGAAUAA